GCUGCGACGAUCAGCAACACACCUCUGUUCUGGGGGGAGGUUAGGGGCUCUUUUACUCGGCCAUCCUUAUAACAACGACAAGGUUCCCGCCAUCCGACGACCAUUCACUAGAAAUUUCUCAUCCACCAGGUUCAAGAUGGUUGCUGAGAGAAUCGACGGUACCGCUGUUGCGAGAAAGAUUAGGGAUAGAAUCAAUGAGGAGAUUAGGAGGAAGCAGGAGACCAAUAAGAGGUUUAGACCAGCCUUGACAAUUGUGCAAGGUGAGUGACGCUGUUUAUUUUUGAGGGAAUAUUUACUUUCCCCCCCUCUGGAAAUUGCCUUAUUAUUUGUGGUUUGAUUGGUGUUUGUUCGUUUGUCGAACAAGAGCUCAUUUGGAGUACAAUUGCUAACAUUACUUUUGAUGUUCAGUUGGUGGUAGAUCUGACUCAUGUAUGUGUUAUGUGUCACCGCUUUCCCCUUGCGAGUUUGCAACGGCAAGAGAUGUUAUCAUCCGCUUUUAAUUGAGUACUGAAUUCAGCCCGCUAUCACAGCUACAUAUGUGCGCAUGAAACUGAAGGCCGCUGAAGAGGUUUUUCUCACAAUUCUUAACAACAUGCAAUCGAUCCUGCUAACACAUUUUUCAGGCAAACAUCACAUGCGAGAUUGUCAAACUUCCCGAAGGGAUCACUGAAGCUGAAGUACAAAGGUCCAAACCUUGGUUCAAUUGGCUAGAGCUAAUGACUGGGGCUAUAUAGCUGUUGGCCAGAAUCGAGGAUCUGAAUGACGACCCUUCAGUCCACGGCAUCCUGGUUCAAUUGCCGGUUCCAAAGCAUAUUUCGGAGGCAGCGGUCACGGCUGCUGUUGAUCCCUCGAAGGAUGUCGACGGUUUCGGUGCUGUCAACGUCGGUGAUCUUGCAAAGCGCUGCGAAACCCCAAUGUUCACCCCCUGUACGCCCAAGGGUGUCAUGGUUCUUCUGGAAGAGUAUGGAGUGGAUCUGUCCGGAAAGCACGCCGUGGUUCUCGGGAGAAGUGACAUCGUUGGCUCUCCAGUGUCAUACCUCCUGAAGAACUCGGACGCCACAGUCACGGUAUGCCACUCGAGUACAAGGAACCUGCAGAAUUUCAUCAAGCAGGCAGACAUUUUGGUGUCCGCAAUCGGAAAGGCACAGUUCGUGAAGGGCGAGUGGAUGAAACCCGGCGUUGUGGUCAUUGACGUCGGUAUCAACUACAUUAAAGAUGAAACACGCAAGUCUGGUGAACGUCUUGUGGGAGAUGUCGACUAUGAGUCUGCCAGGGAGGUCGCUUCCUUGAUCACACCCGUUCCUGGCGGGGUCGGUCCCAUGACUGUUGCGAUGUUGUUGGAAAAUGUUGUUUCCUCUGCAAACCGGUUUCAUGACCAGAUGGCGCAUAGGCAAGUCACGCCUUUGCCGUUGAAGCUUGAGAGGCCUGUUCCCAGCGAUAUUGCUAUAUCGAGGGCACAAACCCCCAAGAAUGUCAAGGUAAUUGCCCGCGAGCUUGGUAUUCCCGAGAGGGAAUUGGAGCUUUAUGGGGCCUAUAAGGCGAAGGUCAACUUGGACCUUCUGCAGCGAUUAAGUCACAGGAGAGAUGGAAAGUACGUCCUUGUUGCCGGCAUCACUCCCACUCCUUUGGGAGAGGGUAAAUCUGUUAGUCUUCUCCCCGUUGCGUUCCGACCCCUUCCAUGCUGACUCCGCUCAGACCACUACUAUGGGAUUGACCCAGGCUCUCGGCGCUCACUUGGGUAAGAUCGCGUUCGCCAAUGUCAGACAGCCCAGUCAAGGCCCUACCUUUGGAAUCAAAGGUGGUGCUGCAGGCGGGGGUUAUAGUCAGGUCAUCCCUAUGGAUGAAUUCAAUAUGCACUUGACUGGUGAUAUCCAUGCUAUCACUGCUGCGAACAAUCUCCUCGGUACUAUAUGUGCUUCCCUCUGAUGUAGAACGCUGUUAACGCUUCUAUAGCUGCUGCCAUCGAGACUAGAAUGUUCCACGAGAACACUCAGAAAGAUAAGGCGCUUUACAACCGAUUGGUCCCGACGAAGAAUGGCGUACGAGUGUUUUCUCCGGUCAUGUUCCGCCGCCUCAAGAAGCUCGGGAUCGACAAGACCAACCCGGAUGAUCUGACUGACGAGGAGAUUGCCAAGUUCGCAAGACUAGAUAUCGACCCCGAUACCAUUACCUGGCGCCGAGUCUUGGAUGUCAACGAUCGCCAUUUGAGACAAAUUACUAUAGGACAGGCACCCUCGGAGAAGGGCCACACCCGUGUCACUGGAUUUGAUAUUUCUGUUGCCAGUGAAUGUAUGGCUGUGUUGGCUCUAUCCAAUGAUUUGGCUGAUAUGCGUGAACGGUAAGAUUCGAGAUGUGUUAUUUUGAGUAUGAUGGCUGACUGUGCUUUAGCCUUGGCCGUAUGGUUAUCGGUUCGAGCAGGCGUGGGGACCCGGUCACCUGUGACGAUAUCGGUGCCGGCGGCGCUCUCACAGCACUGAUGAAAGAUGCUAUCAAGCCCAACCUUAUGCAGACUCUGGAGGGAACUCCGGUCUUCGUGCAUGCUGGUCCUUUUGCCAACAUUAGUAUUGGCGCUUCAUCUGUCAUUGCCGAUAAACUUGCUCUUAAACUCGCAGGUACCGAAGGAGACGAGGUCCACGAGGAAAGGGUUGGCUACGUUGUCACCGAGGCCGGUUUCGACUUUACUAUGGGCGGUGAGAGGUUCUUCAACAUUAAGUGCAGAUCCAGUGGACUUUGCCCCGACGUCGUAGUCAUUGUUGCGACUGUUAGGGCUUUGAAGGUUCAUGGUGGCGGUCCAGAUGUUACCGCAGGAGCUGCGCUCCCAGAGGCUUACCGCACCGAGAAUGUCGAAUUGCUGAGAGCUGGCUGUAUCAACUUGGCAAAGCACAUUCAGAACGCUAAAUAUUAUGGCGUCCCCGUGGUUGUUGCUAUCAACAAGUUUGUCACCGAUACCGAAGCUGAGAUCAACUGCGUUCGUGAGGAAGCAAUUAAGGCCGGUGCUGAGGAUGCCGUCGAGGCCUCUCACUGGUCUGAUGGUGGAUUGGGUGCUGUUGAACUGGCUAAGGCUGUCAUCGCGUCGUCUCAGAAGCCUAAGAACUUUAGACUUCUCUACGAAGCCGACCUCUCCAUUGUUGAGAAGAUGGAGGCAAUUGCUAAGAAGAUGUACGGAGCCGCUGGGAUUGAACUUAGCAAGCUUGCCAGGAGCCAGGUUGAGACUUAUACCAGACAGGUGGGCGUCCGUGGGUUUCGACACCGGGCAUACACUGACUUUAUACUAGGGUUUCGGGCACUUGCCAGUCUGCAUUGCUAAAACCCAGUACUCUCUAUCCCACGACCAGAGCCUGAAGGGGGCCCCUACAGGCUUCACUGUGCCAAUCCGGGAUGUUCGCUUGUCCCCUGGAGCCGGAUAUCUCUACGCUAAGGCUGCAGACAUUCAGACUAUUCCUGGUCUUCCGACUGCUCCCGGAUACCUCAACGUUGAUGUCAACAUGGAGACUGGGGAAAUCCAAGGUCUCUUCUAACUUUCCCCUUUCAGUUUUCCUUCUUUGUUUCUAUUUUGCGCAGAUUUCUAGGGUUGCGGAGUAAUGCCGCAGUAAAUAGAUAAACUAUUCGAGGGAGUGUACAGCUUCAACAAUUGGCGUAUUAGAGGGGUACAAAAUGGGAAAUUUUAUUCAAUGGUACAC